AUGGGAAACAAAACGUCAUGCUGCUCGUACUCGAGUCCACCGCCGACGCGCAAAGCAAAGGAAGCGCCCGUCUUCGAGGAGCAUCUGCCCGAGGGCGAACUGUCCGCCAACAAUUUGCAACACAUUUCCGAGCGCGAAGGCGACGACGGUGAGCACGAUCCGUCGGUCGAUCCGUCCGCCGGCACCAUGUUUCUCGAGCGCUCGAAACAAAGUCUCGAAAAUGGUAUGACGCGCAAAAAGUCCCAGCAUCAGAUCGUACCUCAGGGAGGUGGAGGUCCUGGUGGUGGAGGGGGUGGUGGUGCUGGUGGAGGCGGCGUCGGCGGAGGUGGUGGUGGUGGUGGCGGUGUCCUAAAGAAGAGUAGUAGCUGCUCAACGAUCUACCUAGACGACAGUACCGUGUCGCAACCGAACCUCAAAAACACGGUCAAGUGUGUGUCACUGGCGAUCUACUAUCACAUCAAGAACCGUACCAGCGAGCGGCGGAUAGACAUCUUCGACGAGAAGCUACAUCCGCUCACGCGUGACCCGGUGCCGGACGACUACGAUCGACACAAUCCCGAACAUCGGCAGAUCUACAAGUUCGUCCGGACGCUGUUCAAUGCCGCCCAGCUGACGGCCGAGUGUGCCAUCAUCACGCUCGUGUAUCUGGAGCGGCUGCUAACGUACGCCGAGCUGGACAUUGCGUCAUGCAACUGGAAGCGAAUAGUGCUCGGUGCGAUCCUGCUCGCGAGCAAGGUGUGGGACGACCAAGCCGUCUGGAACGUGGACUACUGUCAGAUCCUGAAGGACAUUACGGUGGAGGAUAUGAAUGAGCUGGAGCGACAGUUUUUGGAGCUGCUACAGUUCAACAUUAACGUACCGUCUUCCGUGUACGCCAAAUACUACUUCGAUCUGCGUACGCUUGCCGAAGCGAACGAUCUGUCCUUCCCAACCGAACCGCUGUCGAAGGAGCGUGCCCAAAAACUGGAAGCGAUGUCGCGCGUCAUGCAGGACAAAGCGACAGCGGAAGCGCUUAAGAAUGGGAUGAAGAAGUGGUCCUCGAUCGAUAACAUCCACCAGCAGGGAGGUAUCCGGCGCAGUGUGGCGAUCCUGUCGUGAUUUUCUUCCAUCCCGGUGCCGUCGCACGUGAGCAUCCUGAUGAUGAUGAGGGUUCGCG